CCCGGCGCACGCGCGCGGGGAAGGCGCGAGGCCUGGACGGAAGUGGCCCAGGCGGUUGGCGGAGGCCGAGCAGGCGCCAUGUCAGCCCGGGGGGUGGCAGUGCUGCUGUCGUGGCUGAGCUGCUGUGGCUUGGCCGUUUGGAGGUAUUAUAGUAAGAGUCCCGACUAUCGAAUUUUUAGUACCAGAAGUAUUAUUGGGUUAGAGUAUGAUGGAACAUCAUUUACUGAGUGGAGUGUGCCAGAAACUUGUAAUGUGAUAGAUAAAAGAUUCCCCGUGACAGAAUUGCGUUGUCCUUCACCUGGUGUUUAUGCUGUAAAACCAAUUGUUGUGGGCUCAGAAGAAGAAGAACGCUAUUUAUUUGUGGCCAGUUCUCAUAUUUGCUUUCUGUGGUACUAUAGAGUUAGACAUUUCUUUAACAACUUAACCCAGUCUAUCAUCGUGUGGGCAUAUGAUCCAGAAAAUGCAGUUGCUGAAGAGUUGGACGGGAGUGCAGAAGAACCUUCAAUAAAUUCCGAAGUACUCAGCACACAGAUGGCCACACUGGGGCAGAAGCCUACCAUAUAUACAAUUCUGAAGAGAAAAGUUUAUUUAUCAAAUGAGAAAAUGAAAAAAGGGACCUGGAAUAUUGAGAUACCAAUGACAAUAGAAGAUGCGCUAAAGGAGAUUAGAGGAAACCAAGUGAUUUUUCAAGAUUGCUUUAUUGCAGAUUUUCUUAUUCUGUUGACUUUUCCUAUGUUAACUAUACCAGAAAUUCCUGGUUAUUUACCAAUCUCUUCACCCCCUGGUAGUCAACUAAUUGCUUUCCGUGAUACUUGUAUUUUUGCAUGUGUUGUUUUGGUAACUGACAGGGAGACCUUUCAAACAAAUGAUUCAUUCCGUACUUGGACCAGAGUCAGAGUGCCUCCAGACAUUCUGAGUGAUGAUGAAAGACAGAAUGUAACUGAUGUGAUUUUAUCACGAGAUGGAGUAAUUUUUUAUAUAAAUGGUGUUCUUUACCUAAAAAGUUUUCGUGGAUUUAUAAAAAUGGGAAGAACUAUAAAUCUUCCUGAUGAUGGAAUUGCUGGCAUUUCAUCAAGAAAAUGGUGUUGGGUCAAAUAUUUAUUCAAGGCUGAAGGAAGAAGAAGCAACUUGGCAGUCUGGACAGAAAAUGAAAUUUACCUCGGAUAUAUUCUUUUUAAAUUUGCCAGAUUAGUAACUACCACAGAACUGAAAAAUAUCCUAAAUCUACCAGUAACUGCUACUGUGACUAUCCACUCUGUUCAGUAUACAGGACACCCUCUGGAGAUUGCCGUUUUUUUAAAUUAUUGCAUUGUGUGUACCAUCACCAAAAAGAUUUUCUUAGUGAUAUAUAAUGAAGAUACGAAACAGUGGAUUUCCCAAGACCUUACAUUAGAUGCCCCUAUUGACAGUGUUUUCAUUCCACAUUUUAUGUUUUCAGCACUGCCAGAAUUAAUACUAUGGGACAAGCAUAGUAUCUACUAUUAUUUCAAUAAUUUCACCUUUACUGGGAUUUUGCAGACACCUGCAGGACAUGGAAAUCUAUCAAUGCUAUCAAAUGGCAGCAUUAUUCAUGAAGUUUUAAUAGAUUAUUUUGGAAAUAUUUUGGUAAAAAUGGAAAAUAAUGUAAUGUUUUAUUCCAAGAUUAAUAUUGGAGAUGCAAUAAAGCUGCAUUUAUGGACAAGCAACACAACAAAAGCAUGGAUUUUCUUAAAUACAUCUGGUCAUACAUACUUCCUGUAUGCUUUUGACGAUGACGUAAUACAAACACAGGACUAUCCCUUACAUCUGGAAGCAAAAAGUGUAACUUUCAAGGCAAAAGACAAAUGCCCAUACAUGGCAUUUCAUAAUAAUAUUGCUCAUCUUCUUUACUUUUUGGACAAGGGAGAGGCUCUGACAGUUUGGACUCAAAUAGUGUAUCCAGAAAAUAACGGCCUAUAUGUUAUUAUGGAAUCCUAUGGCCCAAAAAUAUUAGAAGUGAGACAUAACAUUUCCUUUGAAGUUGCCUUUGGAUACUGCACCAAAACUCUGUUACUAACGUUUUAUCAGAAGAUAAAUUAUGAAGGAACAGAUGAUUACUUUGGAAUGCAUAAGGUUGCAGCUAGGCUACCUGAAGGAAGACAGCCCACCUGGAAUUCUGUGUUAAGGCAUUCCUAUGGCUAUCAUUACAGCCUGGAAGUGUUCCAAAUAGCUGUUGGCUGUGAUAAUAAAAAAUUCAUUGCAGUUAAGGGAUUUAGUAAAAAAGGAUGUCCUCGCCAUGAUUUUUCUUACGUGAUUGAAAAGUCAUAUCUGAGGCAUCCACUGUCUAAAAACUUGAAAGUAAGGUAUAAUUGGAAAGAAUAUGGCUGCCCCCUGAGGCUUGAGUUCACAGAAAAGUUUCACCCUUUGGUUCAAUUAUUUGAUGAUAACGGCUAUGUUAAAGACGUUGAAGCAAAUUUCAUAGUGUGGGAAAUACACGGCAGGGCUGACUAUAGCUUUAAUAACACCAUGGCGCAGAGCGGUUGUUUACAUACAGCACAGACAUGGAACUCAAUGAUUAAACUUAACGAGCACCUCCCGUUAGAAGAAGUCUGGGGACCUGAGAACUAUAAACACUGUUUUUCUUAUGGCAUUGGAAAACCAGGAGACUUAAAUCAACCAUACGAGAUUAUCAACAGUUCUAACAGGAACCACAUAUUUUGGCCCAUGGGCCAUUCUGGAAUGUAUGUAUUUCGUCUGAAGAUCCUGGAUCCAAACUAUAGUUUCUGUAAUCUAACAGCUACAUUUGCAAUAGAAACGUUUGGACAGAUUCCCAGUUCAAGUGUCUACCUGGUAGCUUCUUUCCUCUUUGUCCUGAUGCUACUGUUCUUCACUAUCCUCAUUUUGAGCUACUUUUGGUACAUGAGGAUUUAUAGACGAUAUAUUAAUGAACCACUUCACAAAGCUCCAAGAAAACAUAAGACGAAUUAGGAAAACUGAAAGUUUGUUUAUUACGGAUCUAUGUAUGUAGCGGGACAGUGUAUUAUAUGCCUAUAUUGAGAGUGUGGGUUUGACCAAGAAAUACUAAAUAUAAGCUCAUAGGAGGCAUCACCAAAUUCAAGAUCUGAAAAAUAUUCUUGAACUAUCUCCAAAAUAGAAAUAUUUGCAUAUAUAUAUAUUGUGUUAUUAAAUUAAUCCUUUAUGUGUUUGCCUUCAUUUUAAAGGUAUUCUAUGUACUCUUACAUGGCAUGAAAAAAUAAACUAAAUU